CACUCCUAGGGCAGCUCGACCCCUCACCCAGACCUUACAGCCCCUGCAGCGCUGGUCGCCCAUAUCCUGGGGCGCCACACAGGAGAUGGAGCGGAUGGUCGUGAGUAUGCAGGACCCCGACCAGGGCGUGAAGAUGCGGAGCCAGCGCCUGCUCGUCACCGUCAUUCCACACGCAGUGACUGGCAACGACGUCAUGGAGUGGUUGAUCCAGAAGUACUGCAUCACAGAGGAGGAGGCCCUGCACCUGGGCACCCUCCUAGUGCGGCAUGGCUACCUAUACCCACUGCGAGACCCCUGCCACCUCGAGCUCCGGCUGGAUGAAACGCCCUAUAGGUUCCAGACGCCCUAUUUCUGGAUGAGCACCCUGUGGCCAGCCGCUGAGCUGGACUACGCCAUCUACUUGGCCAAGAAGAACAUCCGAAAGCGGGGGGGCCUGGUUGACCACGAAAAGGAGCACUAUGACCAGCUGCACAGGAAGAUCAGCCACACGUGGGACCUGGUAGUGAUGCAGGCGAGAGAGCAGCUGCGGGCAGCUAAGCAGCGCAGGAAGGGGGACAGGCUGGUCAUCGCAUGCCAGGAGCAGACGUACUGGCUGGUGAACAGGCCCCCGCCCGGGGUCCCCAGCGUGCUGGAGCAAGGUCCACAGCGGGGUUCCUGCACUGCUGGGCGAGUGCAGAUGCCCACCGGCCCCUUCCAGACCAAGACCGUGGAUUUCUACAGGCGGGAGGUCGAGUGCUUACGAAAGGCACUGGGCAGGACCCGGGUGAAGUCCUCCGUCUGCCUUGAGGCGUACCUGAAAUUUAGCAGCCAGCGUGGGCCGCAUGACCCCAUCAUGUCGGGGUGCCUGCCCAGCAACCCCUGGGUCACAGACAACGAUACCUACUGGGCCAUGAAUGCACCCAGCGCGGCCGUGCCCACAAGGCUCCGUGUGGAGCAGUGGGCCUUCAGCUUCCGGGAACUCUUGGAAGACCCCGUGGGACGGGCCCAUUUCAUGGACUUUCUCAGGAAAGAGUUCAGUGCCGAAAACCUCAGCUUCUGGGAGGCCUGUGAGGAGCUGCGCCACGGAGGGCAGGCGCAGGUCCCCGCCCUGGUGGACGCCGUGUACCAGCAGUUCCUGGCCCCCGGUGCUGCCCGCUGGGUCAACAUCGACAGCCGGACGAUGGAGCGGACGCUGGUGGGCCUGGGCCGGCCGCACCGCCAUGUGCUGGACGACGCCCAGCUGCACAUCUACAUGCUGAUGAAGAAGGACUCCUACCCGAGGUUCCUGAAGUCGGACUUGUACAAAGACCUCCUGGCGGAGGCCGUGGUGCCCCCGGAGACCAAGCGACGGGUGUUCCCGUUCAUGCGGAAGCCGCGCCAUUCCAGCCCCAGCCCUGCUCUCCUUCCUGCCUCUGCCUCCGGGGAGCCCUCGGGUGGUGACGGGGAGGCCUAGGUGGGCCUGGGCAGGGGCAGAAGGGGGCCAUCUUGCCCUCAUCAACUCCUCUUGCCCAGGGUCCUUGCAGCCACUGAGACUCCCCGGCGCGGGAGUCCCCUCGGGCCCCGAGUGCCUGGCCUUACGGGGGCACCGACCUCUCUGGCUUCCACCUUUUCCCUUGUCACACCCUCCCCCAGAAGGGGCUGUUCUGGGGGCUGAUUCCCAGGGCAGGGGUGCCCUGGACUGAGACAAGAUGGCAGCGCACCCGCUGGUGACUCCCAGGGCAACAUUCAUAGUCAGGUGGCCGCCAGCAGGGGGCGUGGGAAUGCAGGGGGAGGUGCUGCUCCCACUGGGCCGUGGCCUCUCCGCCUCCGUGGCCACCCGAGGCUGUGGCUUCUCCCCGGUGUUGGACAGAGAUGGUUCCAGCAUCGUUGCUCCUCCAACAGCCAGCCCUGGUUCACAGCCAGGGCGGCAGAGCCUCUGGGGAAAGACACCAGGGAGUCUCCACUCCGAGGGCCCCCCGAGACUCAGCUGCUCCUUUGGGAGUGCAGCCAGACUGGCUCAGCUGGGGCAGCGCCACCCCUCCCUCAGGGCUGCCCACACCCUCCCGCUCCCAGCGCAGAAAUAAAAGACCUUUGGGUCCUCACUCUGAGCCUGUCCUGCUGUGGUCCAAAUCGUGGUGGGUGCACACGUGGUGGGUGUGCUUGUGGUGGGUGUGCAUGCACGUGUGGCAUGUGGGUGAGGCAUGCACUGGUGAGGGAGGUGGUGAAGGACAACGGGCAGUUCAGGUGUCAGAGGCAGUGGGUGGAGGAUCCCUUGUGUGGGGUCUGUAGGCCUGGGGCUGGGCUCAGGCUGCAGACUUGGGGAGACAGUGGGGAGCUUGUGCUCUGGCGGCACACGGAUGCCCGAGUCCUCCAGGGGAGAGUGAGCACAGAGUCCAGGGGGCUGUCUGGUGUUGAACCCAGCCUCUCCAGGGUCAGCUGUGCCCUAAGACAUGACAGUGACAGGGAGCACAGUGCGGGCUUUAUUUACAAGCCCAGGGUGCACCGGUGAGGGUGUCUCCGGGGCAGCCCAGACCCCGAACUCCUGCACAUCGUCCUGGAACCUGAAGGCUGGUCCCUGCCCAGAGCCGGCUCCUCCAUCCACCGCUGUGGACCCAGACCUGGGCCCUUGGGCCCGGGUGGCUUCUCCAGGGACAGGGAAUCCAACCCCUCAACCUCAGCCUUGUUGUUGCCUCCCAGGCCUUCGCAAGGAGAAACAGACCUGGUUCUGGAAGCAGGCUUGUCACACGUAAGUGCCUUCAGGAAAUUCCUGCAGGGUUCUCCACGACAGCCCCCAUCACUUUGGUAACCCA